ACGUCGCGCUGGAAGCUGGAGAUGCUGCUACCGCCGGCUCUUCGUCGCGCCCUGCUGGCCCACCCCUGGAGAGGGGCCGGAUAUUUAUCACGACCAGUCUUGAGACAACCACCACAGACACCUUACGGAUGGCCCAGGGAUGCUCACCAAUGGCAGUGACUGCCAUUUGCCUUUUAUGUGGAUACUUUUACUUAGCUCCUCAGCAACUUGUGAUGCUUCUGUGGAAGCACACCUCCUCCCUGAAGGUGACCAACGAGCCCAUCUUGGCAUUCACGCAGGGCAGCCCUGAGCGAGAAGCUCUGCAAAAGGCCUUGAAGGACCUGAAGGGCCAGACGGAAGCCAUCCCAUGCGUGGUGGGGGACGAAGAGGUGUGGACCUCAAACGUGCAGUACCAGGUGUCGCCCUUUAACCACGGACACAAGGUGGCCAAAUUCUGCUAUGCAGACAAGGCCCUGCUCAACAAAGCCAUCGAGGCUGCCUUGGCCGCCAGGAAGGAGUGGGACCUGAAGCCUGUUGCAGACCGGGCCCAGAUCUUUCUGAAGGCAGCAGAUAUGCUGAGCGGGCCACACAGGGCAGAGGUCCUUGCCAAGACCAUGGUGGGACAGGGUAAGACGGUGAUCCAAGCGGAGAUCGACGCCGCGGCCGAGCUCAUCGACUUCUUCCGAUUCAACGCCAAGUUUGCUGUGGAGCUGGAGGGGGAGCAGCCCAUCAGCGUGCCACCCAGCACCAACCGCACGGUGUACCGGGGGCUGGAGGGCUUCGUGGCGGCCGUCUCCCCCUUUAACUUCACUGCAAUUGGUGGCAACCUGGCAGGGGCGCCGGCCUUGAUGGGCAACGUGGUCUUGUGGAAGCCCAGUGACACCGCCAUGCUGGCCAGCUAUGCUGUCUACCGUAUCCUCCGGAAGGCUGGCCUGCCCCCCAACAUCAUCCAGUUUGUGCCAGCGGACGGGCCCACCUUUGGGGACACUGUCACCAGCUCAGAGCACCUCUGCGGCAUCAACUUCACGGGCAGCGUGCCUACCUUCAAACACCUGUGGAAGCAGGUGGCCCAGAACCUGGAUCGCUUCCGUACCUUCCCGCGCCUGGCCGGAGAAUGUGGUGGGAAGAACUUCCACUUUGUCCACUGCUCGGCCGACGUGGACAGCGUGGUGAGUGGAACCCUGCGCUCCGCCUUCGAGUACGGCGGCCAGAAGUGCUCAGCCUGUUCCCGCCUCUAUGUGCCUCAUUCGCUGUGGCCGCAGAUCAAAGGGCGGCUGCUGGAGGAGCACAGCAGGAUCAAAGUGGGCGACCCUGCAGAGGAUUUUGGGACCUUCUUCUCUGCAGUGAUUGAUGCCAAGUCCUUUGCCCGCAUCAAGAAGUGGCUGGAGCAUGCCCGCUCCUCACCCAGCCUCACCGUCCUGGCAGGGGGCACGUGUGAUGACUCUGUGGGCUACUUUGUGGAACCCUGCAUCAUCGAGAGCAAGGACCCUCAGGAGCCCAUCAUGAAGGAGGAGAUCUUCGGGCCUGUGCUGACUGUGUACGUCUACCCAGAUGACAAGUACAAGGAGACGCUGCGGCUGGUCGACAGCACCACCAGCUACGGCCUCACGGGGGCAGUGUUUGCCCAGGAUAAGAACAUUGUCCGGGAGGCCACAGACAUGCUGAGGAACAGUGCUGGCAAUUUCUACAUCAAUGACAAGUCCACUGGCUCGGUGGUCGGCCAGCAGCCCUUCGGGGGUGCCCGAGCCUCUGGAACCAAUGACAAGCCAGGGGGGCCCCACUACAUCCUGCGGUGGACGUCGCCCCAGGUCAUCAAGGAGACCCACAAGCCUCUGGGGGAUUGGCGGUAUUCAUACAUGCAGUGAGCCCCACUCGGCACCUCCGCUAUCCACCUGUCUGUCCAGCCAGGAACUGACCUCACUGUACCGGGCCCACCCCAGGCUCUCCACCCCACUCCUUGUGGGACAGCCCCCUUUCUAGAGCCGAGGCCUGGUCCCCUGAACCCCAGUGGCCCGUAUCCUGGUCUCUCCCACCCCUCGGGGUCAGGUGUCCCAGCUCUGGUUUGAGAUCACGCUGGGGAGGGACAGGGCCACUGCCCCCAUCCCAUCGGCCGUCCUAGAAUUUCCAUCUUGUAGGUGUGACCUGGUGCCGGCUGGUUUUUUGUCCUUUUCUUUCUUCUGUACUGUGACCCAAUGGUUCAGGGACCUGGGGGAUGGCAGUGGGGCAGUUCCCCAUCCCCUGGGGGAAAGGAGGCAGCUCUGGGCCCCUUGGCAAACAUCAGCACCCACAGAGGCUCCUGGCCUUGGCUCUGGUUUCUCCAGGUCUCCAAGAUGAGGUGUGACCAGGGUGGCCCACAGGCUGGUGAGUCAUGCCUGCAGGGUGCAGGGGCACCAGCUGGCCGUGGCCUCUUUGGUCUGGGCGGCCCACCUGCCACACUAGCUUUGCCCAGACCCACCUGAGCCAGUGGGUGCCUGUACCCGACCUUAAGCCUUAGAUACCCAUGUGCCUUUAUCCAGGGCGCCUGUGUACCCUUGUGGUUCCUGGCCAUCUCCACGCGGUUGGGCUGGGGGCCCGCUGGAGGCCACCUGCCGAGGUGUGGGAGGUGCUGGUCCCUUCCUGUCGGGCUGUGAUCUUGGAAAUCCCCGGAUGGAUCUUCACGCUGUUUCACCUUUCCCUUAGCAACCCCGUCCUGCCCUCAGAGACGGGCACUCUCAGCGCCUACGUGGGCCUGGGCUUUUCCUGCAGGAGCCCAGUUCCCACUGGCCAUGGUAAAACAGACCCAGGUAGAUAAUGCUCCCACCUUGUCCCAUCCCCUCCCCCCCAAGACCUACCCUCGGGUCCCCGUCCAGCCAAGGCCAAAGAUUGCCCAUAGAAUCUCCCCUCCUUUGCAUGUUAGUGGCCCUGUGAGGACUGGCCCUUAGUGGCCUGCUCUUUGUCUGACACAGCUAAUCAGUGGACACCGGCAAAUAGGUUGGAUUCUGGGUGGCAGGGACCUAUAAAGGGUGACUUUAGAGGACAGUUUUUAGGGGUCCUAAAAGUGCUGGGCCCUCCUCAAGGACGGCUGGCAUGGGGCCCCCACAGGGUUGGUGCGGCCAUUCCCCAAGUGCCAUGUUCCCACACCGUGGCCCUCGGUCGGGUGGGUGCCGAUGCCACCUGGGCAGGGCAUGGCCUCUGCUUCCUUCCAGGUUCUGUGUUGUUUCCCAUAGGGGCCAGGUCAGGUGGUCAGGGGUGGGGGGGUGUUCCUGGUUCUACUGGCUCUACACUGUGAGGUGGCAGUGGGAUUUGCCCUGAUGUCACCCAAUAAAAUGCCUGUUACUUAAUCAAAUGGGUGCUCUUUCUGGUUGGGGCGGGGCUGGUCAGCUUCUAAGUCUGAUGGCAUUGCCAAUGUGUCCUUAAGUAUCAGGAGCACAGUACCCUCCGUGUGAUGGAAGGAAGGGUGGGCACUGCUCCAGGUGGUGGGAACUCUGCAGCCAGAUGGGCUAGCUUCAAAUCCCAGCUCCAAAAAGUUGUGCAACCUCUCUGACCUUCUGUCUCUUCUUCUGUAAGAUGGGAAUAAUAAUAGUACACACUCACAGACACACACGCGCACACACAUGCACACGCAG